UGAUAGGGGCCAGGGGCCCAUCACUGUCGGUGAUGGUUGGCGACAUCUUCGACUGGGGGAACGACCAGCAAACCACAUGUUUCAUGAAAAAAGACCCAACAUGGGAGGAAAUCUCUGUGCAGGCUAUGCAAAUGUCUGAAUGCCUUGAUGUGGCUGAACCCGGACGAAAAUGCCUGGAGCGAAGGGAGAUGAUCUUGGUGUUGCCAUUAUACACCCAGGUUCCAGAACUUGUUUCUGCGGAAAGAAUCGAUGAACGCCCUAUUAAAAGGACAAUUUGGAGGUAAACGGCAUAGUUUUCCCUGUGCAUCUGAAUCAUAAUCAUUUGGAAGAAAGAACCAAUAUUUAAGUAUAUUGAAUAUGAACCCAUGGUGUUUCCUCUACAUUGCUAAAUGAUCCAACUUUCCCGUUGGCCCUGCGACCUGUCGCCAGGCCUGCAUCCCAGGCUGGUGGAAAUUCUCCGCGGCCGGGUUCAGGUGUCGCGCAUCGUGUACAUCAGUUGCAAUGCUGAGAGCAUGGCCGAGGACAUCGCCAAGCUUGGCACUUCCACCGAGGAACUAGCAGAUGACUUCAUUCCAACCAGAGCAGUUGCUGUGGACUCCUUUCCUCAAACGAUCCAUGUGGAGGUGAUUGCCUUGGUGGAGCGAGCGUCUCGUGUCCCAGACAGGACGGAGGCUGCGCCGGUGCAGGCUGAGGAAGCUGGAACCCCUGAGCCGCGGUGA